CAACAAACUUAUAGGUCUAAAUCAGUUUGAGGCAGCGAUAAAAGAACUGAGGGCAUUGAAGCGGCGCUUAGAACGUAGGGGUUCCGAAGAGAGUGCUAAGAAGACGACAGCACGCACAAAACCAGAGCCGAGCGCAGCAUCGAAGACAUUUUCCGACUUACUAGAUUUCUCCAAAGUUUCUGCCUCUGGCCCCUUGCUUGGUUUAGUUAUCUCCACCCAACUUCAAGCUCUUCGGAUCAUCCAUGGGUUGGAUAAAUCAUCACAUCUUGAGAGUAUCUUGCCUCUAUUGCGCGAGAAUUGCCCCUCUUCACCUAUAAAUUUACUCUUAAUGUCUCUCAAGGAUAAGAACCCGGAUCAGACGAGAUGUGCCAAACAGUUGGAUAGUUUAUCUCAAAGCCUCCUUUCUCUAACACCGAGUGUGUCUGCGAAAGAUGACAGUAUCGCGGUAGAACCAAGAUUACACCCGAGUCCCGCAGUAGCGUUAGAGGUCCAAGCCCUAGGUUUAGUUAUGCGCCUGCAGUCGUGGAGUGUGUCGGGCCAUAGGGGUGAUGUGGACAAGGAAGUUCUAUUGCCUUUGUCGAAAUGCCUGGCCGCGUUUGCGAGGAGAGCAACUCCCAGUCAAUUUCCCACGGUAACCUUGGCUUUUUCUUUAAUCUGGAAACGGAUAGAAAAACUGGGACUACGGCCAGCCGAAUCUUCGCGGUCUCCCUUGUCGAUGAUAUAUCAAAUGCUCGCUACUACAUCACGAGAAUCCGGCAAUUUAAAUGAAGCAAAGAAAUGGUUUCGGAAAGUCAAGUCCUUGAUCAACCCGGAGGUGGAUUCGGCAGCGAAAUGCUGCGCGAUUAAUGCCCAGCUAUUAGCUAUAUACGUUAAGGAAUCACAUCAAGUUGACGAGAAUCUAAUGGCGGAAGUAUUAGAGGGACUAAAGGGCUCACUCGGUGGUACUACCGCUGAGAUGGAUGACCUCUUAGGUGGUGUCUGCAAUUUACGGAAAUCAGUGGUAAACCUGAUCAUCGCAAAACAAGGUGACUCUUCCUCGGAUUCACAAGCACCGAGUCAACUUCUCCAAACCUUCGUGUUCCAGCUACCACGCUUUGCUCUAAGAUGGCUUGGCAAAGCACCAAGUCCAAACGACGCCGCGAAGGAGUUAGUCCGAUUCGACCAACGACGAGCUCAUUUAUCAACUUACCUACCUCAUAUUCUCGAUUCCGCGAUUAUGCUCGUGAAAUCACUUUUGGAUGAAGAGAAACUCGCUUGGGACAUUAUGGAUUCCACGCUUCAGGAUAUUUUGGCCAUUUUGGAAACUAUGGGGGAUUUGGCUCGACCAGGAACUAGACUCAACCCAUCUCCCUCUUACCACGUCAAAAUAUCUCAUUUAUACUAUCAACAGCAUAGCAACCUACAAAAAUCCAACACAAAGGCGUCGGAGAUUACCACCUUGAAAGCCCUCCGAAAAUCCGUUGAUAUCGCCAAGAAUUGCUCCGAAGCUGAGCAAGAGCGAGCGAAGCUCUUACUGAAAUGGGAGAGGUUUGCUGACCUAUGUAGGACGUCAGGCAGAAUUAACGAUGCCAUCGACGCCCUUCGUUCCAUUAGAGACCACCUUGUUCACCAAGAAGUCGUGUCAGUAAUUACUACGAAUCUUGCAACAAAGCCUUGGUGGGCUGCAUGGGAGCAGAGUUCUGAAGCUGAAUUGCUAUCUCGGACAAUUUGCAACCUCGCGAAACUCGACCGAAAGCUCAACGAUUGGACUUGGUUGUUGGUUGGCUCCGACAAGGCCACGGCCCUUGAACAUGAUUUCUAUGCGAUUAUCACCCAAGAGUCGAAAUACUUUGACGAGGUGGAUCUAUCGAGUCCUACAGUGAAGACGUUAUUACAAUUCUUCACGAUCGAAAAGCAUCCAGUCCGUAGACUAAGGGUUCUAACACAACUCUACACUAUCUGCAUCGGUAGAAAAGACGAUCCCGCUGAAUUACGAACAGAGCUUGAAGCAGCACUCGAGACGGUUACGAAAAACACUCUAGGUGGUGAUACUGGAUUGGCACACUACAUACCACAUUUACGAGCGUUGACAACGUGUUUAUUUGGAUUGGCAGAUUUCAAGCUAGAUUCACCACAGGUUAGGGAAGCACUCUCUAAUUGGAAAGCCGUCGCCUCUAAAUGCCAAACAUAUGAGCAACUACUGGCUUAUAUCGACGAUCCACCCUAUCUACUUAUAAACAUCCAGAUUUUUACCGACUAUUCCAAAGUCAAGGGCUUAGAAACCCUUCAAACUGAGUUCCUUGAGCUUUCAAUUAGCUUAUGCAAGUUAAGAGCAGAGCCUAACAUUCAAGGACUGAUAUCUCAGAAUAUCGCACUCUGCUUGCAACAUCUAAGUCAUGGUUGUUCAUCCAAGGCCGAGAAGUUGUUGGCGGACAACCAGGAACUCAUUUCUAGGUCCGACGUCAGUAAAGAAAUCGUUGUCAAUUUUCAUCUGUCAGCUGCAGAAUACCACCUCUCCCUAGGGGCUCUAGAUAAGGCCGAACAGUAUUUGUCUAAUGCGCAAAAUGCUGAGGUGAGCUUGUCCAAUGAGCCAGGGUUGAGGAAAGACAAGAGACCGAUCGGAAGAAUCUCGACGGCGCACGCAUUUUCUUUAUAUUCGAAUCUUGCGCUUGAGCGUGGUGAUUUCUAUCACGCCUUGCGUUUUGCGAAAACAGCUGUCAGAAAAUUGUUUCACGAUUGGACUAAAUUGGAUGAAUUAAGGGCUGCGGCUCAGGAUACUAGCAUAGAAGAAUCUUUGGAAGCAUCAGAGAAGGACACAAGUAUGAAUAGCUCUUAUGCGAGCAGACCUGAAUCGACUCAGAAGGUCAGUGGCCCGCAAUAUUGGGCUUUGGCCCGCCCACUUUUUCGAUUCCUUCUACAGCUUUCUUCGACGUACUCGCAUGUUGGUAUGCACCAAGAGACAGUAUACUACGCCGAACAAGCAUUGAAGGUAGCGCGGGCUUUGGAGGCAAAUAUGUUCAUAUCCCAGUGCCUCACCUGGCUGUCACGAGUAUGGCUCAUGGCCAAUCAACCAGAAAAAGCCAUAGAGCUAGCGACCGAGGCAAAGGAUAUUAUUUUGACUUUAGAGCCGACUUAUCAAAACGCCACAAUGUUGUGUCAUCUAAGCUCCAUUUACGGGGAGUUCAAAAACCCGGAAGUGCAGACGGAACUGACAAGCAAGGCGGAGUCUAUAUUAAAGAAUUUGGACAUUAACGAUCGAAUCACGAGUACGAAUGCGUUAGAAUUGGGGAUGGCCGGACUUUCUAUCGCGGAGAAGCCAGUUGUUAAAGCAGCGACACGCCGACCUGCAGCCACAAAAGCCUCAAGGAUUCCAAGCAAAACCAGUACAAGGAAACCAGCAGCCAAAAAACCGGUCCCUCCAGUUGAAGUUCCAGUGCAAGUCAAACAGGAAGAGCCCCAACUAUCCUUUUUGCGCGCUUCGAUCCUUCGCGAUCAUUCGACUCGUCUUCUUAAGCAGAAAGAUUGGGCGGCUGCUGUCACCACUCUUAGAACUGCAUAUGAGCUCUCCAAACUGCCCGCAGACGUGGCUCAAACAUGCUUUUUAAUGGGAGUGGCUUUAAUUAGACAGAGCUUAGAACAGAUGGGACACGAUGCAGUCUUUUCUGUGGUGCAGGAUUCAACUAUUUCGUUUCCCUCUGUAGCGGAUUUACAGGCUAACGCUGAUCAAUCAUCUCCAGCGAAGGCUCCAGCCACACGGAAGGGCCGCGGGCCAUCAAAAACCGCACUAAACAAUACACGAUCGUUCAUCGAAAAACUACGCGAAGCUCAGGGACACCUAUUAACAGCGCAUUCUAUUGCGAGUCUCAAUGGCGAUGGCGAUCUCGUCCAUCGAAUCGCCACGGUGCUGCAAAAUGUGGUUAUUCUCCUAUCAAACACAGCUUCCGCAAAUCCGGUUGUAACCCAUCCUGCUCAUGCCACUUGCUCGGUCGAACUCGCGCGUAACUUGACCUGGCGCCGCGAGCGGAAGACAGUCCGCUUGGAAAAUGUGAAAGAUUCUAAGUUGGAUUGGCCUAUCCCAGUCAAAACCGCUGAAGAUAGGCGCACUAGCCUUGGUCUUUCUCUUGAUAUGGACUGCUUCCAGCGAGAUUACGUCGACAUUAUCCCCAGGUCUUGGAACGUCAUAUCGAUAUCUCUAAGCGACAACGAAAACGAUCUUUGUAUCGCGAAGCUGCAGGCAGGCCAAAAUCCUUUCGGAAUUCGUCUUCCGCUUGAGCGAGCUACUUCCAGAGAUAUCGAUUCUGAAGUCUUCAGCUUCCGCCAAGGCCGCGCGGCAUUGCUCGAAAUCAUAGAAGUUGCCAACAAAACUUGUCAUGAUGCACGGGAUAUGAGCCAGAAAGGAGCCAAGAUGGCGUGGUGGGCAGAGCGAGAGCAAAUUGACGGCCGCUUGAAGAACAUUAUGGACUGUGUCGAGCACACUUGGUUAGGAGGUUUCAAGGGCAUAUUUUCACAACACCACAAGAGCCCUAGAUUAUUCGAAAAGUUUCAGAAGCGUUUUGAAGAUAUCCUUGACAAGUAUCUUCCCUCACGACGCCAGAUCCGAGGCAAGCGAGCCAAAACAGCGCCCACAACAAGGGUGAACCUCGACCCCAGAAUCUACGACUUAAUCAUUGGUCUAGGUGACACCACGUCCCACGAUGAUUCCGAUGAGCCGAUGACAGACUUGCUCUAUUUCAUCAUAGAUAUCUUACAAUUUCACGGAGAGAGAAAUGCUUACGAUGAGAUCGAUUUCGAUCGUAUGAUGGUAGAUGUCUACGACGCUCGAGAUGCGUACCAUGCUGAAGUUAAGAACAUUAAGAAUGUGCAACAGGGCGAACAUACGAUCUUGAUCCUCGAUAAGUCUCUACAUAUCUUCCCUUGGGAGUCUCUACCUUGUCUACAAGGCUUAGCCGUGUCGCGAGUCCCCUCGCUCGAUUGCCUACGGCGGUCAAUCUUGGAGGCCAACCCGGCCAACUUGGAUACUACCGAUGAUGACGAACAAAAUUCUGGCUCCACUACAAGAGAAGGCCACUAUAUAUCUAUAAAUUCGGGCACAUAUAUCCUAAACCCCAGCUCGGAUCUCAAGAAUACCCAAGCAACCUUUGGCGAGCCAUUAUCAGAGCUCCCGCCGUCGUGGAACAGCGUUGAGAUGCGAGAGCCGACUGAGCCUGAGUUCGAAUCUGCCCUCACAGACAGAGACCUCUUGCUGUACUUUGGUCAUGGAAGCGGCGCGCAAUAUAUUCGCGGGCGCACGAUCCGUAAGCUGGAGAAGUGCCGAGCCGUCGCGCUGCUCAUGGGUUGCAGCUCCGCGUCGCUCGCCGACGUGGGUCGUUUCGAGAGUCAUGGUCCUGUACGAAAUUACAUGCUCGCGGGCUCUCCAGCUGUUGUGGGUACGCUGUGGGAUGUGACAGAUCGUGAUAUAGAUCGCUUCGCUGGAAGAGUAUUCGAGGAAUGGGGAUUGAUGCCGAAGGGUACGUUUGCGGAGGACGCCGCGGGUGCGAAAAAGAAGGGGAAGAGAGUUGCUAGUGCUAGUAGCAGUAAUAGUUCUAGAGGGAAGAAGGGUAAUGAUAAUACGGGCUCGGCGAGUCUCAUCGAGGCGGUCGCUAGGGCUAGAGACGCAUGUCGCUUCAGAUAUUUGACUGCGGCGGCGGUUUGCGUCUAUGGUAUUCCGGUAUAUAUUAACGGACGAUGAGGUUGAGGAAGUAUGACCUACAAAUCACCCAACUACCUCUGCUUAUUAGCAUAGCCAGGCGUUGUUUUUUCAAAGAUUUUUCACUUCAGAAAGGGGGCGUUGGUUGGUGAUAGAUUCUAAGACGCUAGAUACCUCCUGCAUACUAGGGGUGUUAGGUUGGGCGUUAGGAUAAUUGAUUGCGCGUUUUGUUCACGUCUUGAUCUUGAAUAUUGCGGUAGUGAAAGCGAGUGUUAAUGAUUGAUCGUCUGUGUUGUUGUACGACUUGACUCCGGAGAUGAUUUGAUGCAUUGUGUAGCUGUGUAGUAUUUGAUAAGGCGGGUAUAGGUAGGCAUACGGAUGUAUAGGCGCUGAGCCGAUCAACUGGAUUCUCUGGU